AUGUGGUUCAUAAGAAAAAUAUGUGACCCAGAUAAUGUACGUGCAAUGAUGUCUUACGAAUACAAUUCGUUGCUGCUGAUCUAUUGGAAAGUAAUGUUGAUUAGUCAAAUGUUACGUCACGGCAGUAGGUUGACGCGCAAGACACCUGCAGCCUACGCCGAUGGUGUGUACAUGAUGGCUGGUGCAGACAGACCGGGAGCUCGGACCCUUUCGAAACUGUUCAUGCGCGGCCAAGAUGGGUUACCAUCAUUAUCUAACAGAACAGCACUGCUAGCAUUCUUCGGUCAAGUAGUAACGGGUGAGGUGGUAAUGGCAUCGGAGUCCGGUUGCCCCAUCGAGCAUCAUCGUAUACCAGUAGAUAAAUGCGAUCAUAUGUACGAUCCUGAUUGUGAAGGCGCUAAGCACAUGCCCUUUCUGAGAGCAGCAUAUGAUCGUGAAACAGGACAAAGUCCAAACAGUCCUCGAGAACAAAUUAACCAGAUAACAUCGUGGAUCGACGGGAGCUUCGUUUACAGCACCAGCGAGGCAUGGGUGAAUGCAAUGAGGUCAUUUCAGAACGGAAGUUUAGCGAGCGAAGGUGGAAUGCCCCUACGAAAUACAAAGCGAGUUCCACUCUUCAAUAAUCCUGUACCACAUUAUAUGCGAAUGCUGAGUCCCGAGCGGCUAUUUCUCCUUGGAGAUCCACGAACCAAUCAAAACCCCGCUUUGGUGACAUUUGGCAUCCUGUUGAUGCGUUGGCAUAACGUGGUAGCGGCACGCGUCCAUCGACAGCAUCCCGACUGGGAUGACGAGCAAUUGUUCCAAAGAGCGAGGCGACUUGUCAUCGCUAGCUUACAGAACAUCAUCCUCUACGAAUAUGUACCGGCUUUUCUCGGCGUUGCCCUACCAUCAUACGAGGGUUAUCGAGCAGAAGUAGCUCCGGGAGUAACACACGAGUUUGCUGUGGCCGCAUUUCGCUUCGGUCACACGUUAGUCCCGCCCGCGAUACUGCUGAGAGAUCGAAACUGUAGAUUUGGAAGAGCACCGGGUGGACAUGAUGCUAUCAGACUGUGCCAAACUUGGUGGGAUGGAAACGAUGUAAUGUCACAAGUGCCUAUAGAAGAAGUGCUAAUGGGUAUGGCUUCUCAGUUAUCGGAGCGUGAAGACGCUUUAUUAUGUUCUGAUGUAAGAGACAAUCUUUUUGGUCCUAUGGAGUUCUCUCGACGUGACCUCGGGGCCUUAAACAUUAUGAGAGGACGAGAUAAUGGCGUACCCGACUUCAAUACUGCAAGAACAUAUUUCGGUUUACCGAAAAUAAGAACAUUUAACGAAAUCAAUCCAGAUUUAUUUGACAAAAAUCCAGAGUUGCUACAACGAUUAGUGCAGGCAUAUGACGGAAAACUAGACAACAUAGAUGUUUAUAUUGGUGGUAUGUUAGAAUCAACUGGGCAUCCAGGCGACUUAUUUAGGGCAAUAAUAAUAGACCAGUUCACUAGAAUAAGAGACGCGGAUAGGUUUUGGUUUGAAAAUGACAAAAAUGGGAUAUUCACACGCGAAGAAAUAGAAGAACUCCGUCGGAUUACUUUAUGGGAUAUCAUAGUAAACAGUACCGCUGUUGGCCCUAAUGACAUCCAACGUGACGUAUUUCACUGGAACCAAGGAGACCCGUGUCCUCAGCCUUAUCAACUAAAUGCUUCUAAACUACCACCUUGCAAGUAUUUAAAAGGAUAUGACUAUUUUGAGGGCAAUGAAUUCGCUUACAUCUAUACAUGCCUAGCGCUGGUAUUUGUGCCAAUUCUUUGCGCCGGCGCAGGGUACGGAGUUGUUAAGUUGCAAAAUAGUCGUCGUCGCCGCCUUAAAAUACAACAAGAGCACUUGAAGAAUGCGCAAUACAAAGGCUCAGUAGACAAAUUAGUUUGUCGCGAAUGGGUGCACGCAUCACACAAGCGAUUGGUGAAGUUACGACUUGGACCCGAACCAUCAAUCACCGUCACUGAUCGCAAAGGGGACAAAUUACGUACAGUGCCGCUAGAGAAUACAGAUCAAAUUACCGUGCUCGAAAGUCAGGAGACGCGAAACAAUAAACGUCCUCUAGUUCUCAUCAGAGCUCCGCGGGAGCAUGACCUCGUGUUGGAAAUGGACUCAGUCGCAUCACGGCGCAAGUUUCUUGUCAAACUGGACACUUUUCUUGCUCAACAUAAGAAGGCCAUGAACCUCACUCAAGGUCAUCGAGAACAAAUAUUGGCGUCUGCUGAAACACGAGAACGCAGGCAACGUAGAUUGGAGCAUUUCUUUAGAGAAGCGUACGCAAUAACUUUUGGUUUAGCUCCUGGAGAAAAGAGGAGACGAUCAGUGGACGCUGAUCCGGAAUCUAUAGUUAUGCGAACCUCGUUAUCGAAAUGCGAAUUUGCAAGCGCACUCGGAAUGAAAUCAGACGCGGUCUUUGUGAAGAAAAUGUUUAACAUUGUAGACAAAGAUGGCGAUGGACGAAUUUCUUUCCAGGAAUUUCUGGACACUGUGGUGCUAUUUUCCCGUGGAGCAACAGAAGACAAAUUACGCAUUAUUUUCGACAUGUGUGAUAAUGAUCGUAAUGGCGUAAUCGACAAAGGUGAACUUAGCGAAAUGUUGCGUUCCUUGGUUGAGAUUGCCAGGACAACAUCGCUACGAGACGAACACGUUACCGAACUAAUAGAUGGAAUGUUUUCCGAUGCUGGUCUUCAACAUAAGGACCAUCUUACUUACUCAGAUUUUAAGUUAAUGAUGAAGGAAUACAAAGGAGAGUUUGUUGCCAUUGGCCUGGACUGCAAGGGAGCUAAGCAGAACUUUUUGGAUACUUCUACUAACGUGGCUCGAAUGACAAGUUUCCAUAUUGAGCCUUCUAUGGAACAAUCAAGACACUGGUUGCUUUUAAAAUGGGAUUACCUUACUACGUUCCUUGAGGAGAACAGACAAAAUAUAUUUUAUUUAUUCGUAUUCUACGUCGUUACAAUUGGCCUAUUCGUGGAGAGGUUCGCUCAUUAUUCGUUUAUGUCUGAGCAUUUAGAUUUGAGGCAUAUAAUGGGAGUCGGUAUCGCAAUAACGAGAGGCUCAGCUGCUUCGUUGUCCUUCUGCUAUAGUCUUCUGCUGUUGACGAUGUCAAGAAACCUUUUAACUAAACUAAAGGAAUUCAGUAUACAACAGUAUAUUCCGCUCGACUCCAGUAUACAAUUCCAUAAAAUUGUGGCAUGCACUGCUCUAUUCUUUUCUCUUCUUCAUACUGCGGGUCAUAUGGUCAACUUCUAUCAUGUUUCUACACAACCAAUCGAAAAUCUAAAAUGUCUGACCAAAGAAGUUCAUUUCACCUCUGAUUUUCGACCUGGAAUUACUUACUGGGUGUUUCAAACAAUUACAGGUAUAUCCGGAGUACUACUUUUCAUAAUUAUGUGCAUUAUAUUCGUGUUCGCGCACCCCGUGAUCCGCAAGAGAGCGUACCCAUGGUUCUGGCGCGCGCACUCCCUGUACGUGGCAUUGUAUGCACUAUGCCUUGUGCAUGGCCUGGCUCGCCUCACUGGGGCACCACGCUUCUGGAUAUUUUUCCUUGGACCUGCCAUAAUUUAUACGUUGGACAAGGUGGUUUCACUGCGCACGGAAUAUUUAGCGUUAGACGUCUUAGAAACUGAAAUGCUGCCUUCUGAUGUCAUCAAAAUAAAAUUCUACAGGCCGCCUAACCUUAAAUAUUUAUCAGGGCAGUGGGUACGACUCUCUUGCACAGCUUUCAAAAAAGAAGAGUUCCAUUCCUUUACUUUAACAUCAGCGCCUCACGAGAACUUCUUAUCAUGUCACAUCAAAGCUCAAGGACCUUGGACGUGGAAGCUGAGGAAUUACUUCGAUCCUUGUAACUACAAUCCAGAGACGCAGCCAAAAAUAAGAAUUCAAGGUCCGUUCGGCGGUGGAAAUCAAGACUGGUACAAAUUCGAAGUAGCAGUAAUGGUGGGCGGUGGUAUUGGCGUCACUCCGUACGCGUCUAUACUUAAUGACCUGGUCUUUGGCACAUCAACAAACAGAUAUUCUGGAGUUGCCUGUAAAAAAGUUUACUUUUUGUGGAUUUGCCCAUCACAUAAGCACUUCGAAUGGUUUAUCGACGUGUUACGCGACGUUGAAAGGAAAGACGUUACCAACGUGCUUGAAAUACAUAUAUUCAUCACACAAUUCUUUCACAAAUUCGAUCUGAGAACUACCAUGCUGUACAUCUGUGAGAACCAUUUCCAACGUCUAUCCCGCACCUCCAUGUUCACUGGAUUAAAGGCGGUCAAUCACUUCGGCAGGCCUGAUAUGUCCUCAUUCCUCAAGUUCGUCCAGAAGAAACACAGUUAUGUUUCAAAGAUCGGCGUAUUCUCUUGCGGGCCACGGCCACUCACUAAAUCCGUAAUGUCAGCGUGUGAACAAGUCAACCGUACACGUCGUCUGCCAUAUUUCAUACACCACUUCGAGAACUUCGGAUAA